UAUAUUGCCUACACUAUAUAAACUUGGUCUCUCCCAAAACUCUCAAAGCCCCUCCUCUUCCACCUGAACAUUUUCUCGAGAAAAUAUAUAUAAAUCAGAGUUCCCUUUAUAAUUUGACUUCACUCGUGGCAGUAAACAAAAGGAAAAAAAAAAAUGGCAGGAGGUCAAGUAAAAUGCAGCAAGAUCCGUCACAUUGUGAGACUGAGGCAAAUGCUCCGGCGAUGGCGCAACAAAGCCAGGUUAUCUUCGGUCAGCCGUUGCGUACCGUCGGAUGUUCCAUCAGGACACGUGGCAGUCUGUGUGGGAAGCGGUUGCAGGAGAUUCGUGGUGCGCGCGUCGUACCUGAACCACCCGGUCUUAAGCAACCUUCUGGUUCAAGCCGAGGAAGAGUUCGGUUUCGCUAACCAAGGACCGUUGGUUAUCCCAUGCGAAGAAUCGGUUUUCGAAGAAGCGAUCCGGUUUAUAUCUCGGUCUGAUUCGUCUCGGUCGAGCCGGUUUACUUGUCCCGAAGACCUCCAGAAAUGCAACGGAGGAGGAGGAAUCAAACUCAAAAGCAAGAUGGAUCUGUUGAUGAUUGAAUCUCGACCGUUGCUUCACGGCGUCGUUGAGAAAGCCGUCUGGUGAAAAUGUUUUACGUUUUUUAAGAUCCGACGGGGUGAAGAAACCUGUACGUGACGAUUCUGACCCGGUUCGAUUCGGAACGAGUACAGAAGAAGGAAGGCGAAUUUUUGGAUUAAAUCGUCGUUGACUCGGCUGAGCUACCACCGAGUCGGCUGGUACUAAUUUUUUUCGUUUUGAAUUUUGAUUAUUAUAAUGAGAGCAUUCGAGUCAGAUGAUGAUAAAAAAAAAAAAAAAGGAGAUGGCGGUAGAAGGUGGGUGAGUCGUGCCACCGAGUCAUCCCGGGUUUGGAAUCCGAGUUUCUCAAUCAAAGGGGAUGUAAUUGUAAAUAAGACAAAUCAUGAAAAGAAAAAAGAAAGAGUGAUUUGAUUCAGUGCUUUUUUUA